AGAACGGGUCAGGUCGAAUAACAGAUUCUUACUAACCACGAUGUAUGAGAGAUUUCUUACACCGUGCAUAGGACCAGGACGUAUGGUGCAGGCGGUGUCGAAUGGUGACGAUUCUUUCCCCACGUCAUCAGGUGGAAUUUGUAUGAAGUAGUAAAGUGAAGAGUUUGUGCGGUGCUCAUGUAAUGCGAUUUAACGCCCUUUUUGAGCUAUUGAUAGAGUUUAUUACGAACCGCGUCAAAUUUCAAAAAGGGUAAAAUGGUGUUGAUAGCAGCAGCUGUAUGUACAAAAUCGGGUAAAACAAUAGUAUCACGACAAUUUGUUGAGAUGACAAAGGCUCGUAUAGAGGGAUUAUUAUCAGCAUUUCCAAAAUUAAUGUCCACUGGAAAGCAACAUACAUUUGUAGAGACAGAGUCUGUGAGAUAUGUUUACCAGCCUCUUGAAAAGCUGUAUAUGUUACUGAUUACUACAAAAGCAAGCAACAUCCUGGAAGAUCUGGAGACCCUGCGUUUGUUCUCUCGAGUGAUUCCUGAGUAUUGUCGCAGUAUGGAAGAAUCAGAAAUAGCAGAUAAUGCAUUUAACCUCAUAUUUGCCUUUGAUGAAAUUGUUGCUCUUGGGUAUCGUGAGAGUGUAAAUUUGGCUCAGAUACGCACCUUUGUUGAGAUGGAUUCACAUGAAGAGAAAGUAUAUCAAGCUGUGCGACAAACUCAGGAACGUGAAGCUAAAAAUAAGAUGCGUGAGAAGGCAAAAGAGUUGCAACGGCAAAGGAUGGAAAUUGCCAAGAAGGGGAUGAAAGGUCCAGCGUUUGGCAGCAGUGGAUUUGGAAGCAAUGCAGGCUAUUCUCCAGCCCCUGUUGUGGGAGAUUCUGCCUCAAUAGUUGCAGAAUUUACCAAGACAAACUUUUCUUCUAUUCAGAAACCAACUACAUCAACAAAAGCAAUGAAACUAGGAAGCAAGUCCCGUGAUGUGGAAAGUUUUGUGGACCAGCUGAAGUCAGAAGGUGAGAAGGUAACUGCUCCAACAAUGAAACCAACAAUAUCUGCAAAAGCUCCUACCAGUUCAGAACCUACUGAAGGAAUCCACUUACGUUUGGAAGAAAGAUUAUUAUUACGCGUGGGACGUGAUGGUGGACUACAAAGCAUGGAAUUGCAUGGAUUGGUGACAUUGCGUAUCUCAGACGAGAAGUGGGGACGCAUUCGUGUGCAGCUUGAAAACAAGGAUGCCCGUGGUAUUCAGCUUCAGACACAUCCUAAUGUAGACAAGGAAUUAUUCAAGAGCAAAGGCCAAGUGGGCUUGAAAAAUCCCAGCAAACCUUUUCCUUUGCAUACUGAUGUUGGAGUAUUGAAAUGGAGAUUCCAGACUCAAGAUGAAAGCUGCAUACCACUAUCAAUCAAUUGCUGGCCUUCCGAGAAUGGACAAGGGGGAUGUGAUGUCAAUAUAGAAUACGAAUUGGAACAUGAAGAUAUGGAACUAAAUGAUGUGUGCAUCACUAUACCAUUGCCAAUGGGCACCACUCCAAUUGUAAAUGAGUGUGAUGGUGAAUACAAUCAUGAUUCUCGCAAAAAUGUAUUGAUGUGGACAUUGCCUAUUAUUGAUUAUUCAAACAAAUCUGGUUCACUUGAGUUCAGUGCUACUGCACUACCUGGAGACUUUUUCCCUGUUCAAGUAUAUUUUGUGUCAAAACGUUCGUAUGCUGAUCUUAAGAUCACCGAAGUUCUUCUUGUAGAUGAUGAUACACCAGUCAAGUAUACAGCAGACGCAAUUUUCUUUACAGACAAGUACGAGAUAGUGUGAAUGAAUGAAUAUGUAUCACUGUGAAUAAAUAUUAUUAUUAAGGAUUACUUUGUGGCUUUCUCUCCAUGAUGGAGAUUCAAGUCAAAGAAAAAAUUAAGUGAAAAACAAACAAACAAUGUGUUCAUGUGAACUUGAGAUGGCUAAUGAAGAAAAUCUUAGAUUAAAUCAUAUCCAAGAUCUUUUGUAGAUAUAUUACUUAUUGCAUGAACUUACAGGUCAAGGAUAUAAGAAAAUAGAAUAAAUAAUUCAGUAUUCUAAAAUGUAUUCAUAUUUCAAUUUUCAUUUAAUUUCAUUACUGACAUUCAACAAGAAAUCCAAAUAUUUUUCAAGAAUUUGUUUGUUUGUAUUUUCCAUCCUCUAUUGGAAUUCCAUUUUAAAAAAAACGUUUUUUGUCACCCAUAUUUUUUUCUUAUAUUAUUCUUUGUUCUUAAACAUUUAAUGUUUAUCGACUAAUCUUUAUUUUAUAUGCAAGAAAUUUGUAGUAUAAAUAAUAUGUAUUGUACAAAAUUACAUGAAUAUUUGCUGGAAAGAACUCAGAUAAAUGAUGCUAUGUAAUAAACCAUUAUUCUUUUUUAUCUGUUGAUUCUGACCUCAUGGUAUGCAUUGAGAUUUGAUAAUGUUCAUGUGAUUCAGUGGAUUCAAGUAAUUGUGAAUUUUCUGUUCAAUAGGAAACUUUCUCUUCAUUUUUAAAAUUUUCUAAAAAAUUACUUCAAAUUUUUGGAUACGAUUGUGUAGACUUCCACCACCAGAAUUUGUAUUGUGUGAUGAUCCGGCUUAGCUGUGUCUCUGUCGUGGUGCAUGAUGUUUUGGUCAACAUGUGGUCUUUCUCAGUGCGUACAGAAUGGCCGAAACCUCAGUCACGGCAACAGAAGCAGUUCAUCACGGAUAGCCUAGAUAAUUCAAAUUUUUGGAUUAAACUUUGCCUUUGAAUAGUGUAAAGGAUGCUUAAAAAAUGGUACAAGUCUUGUUUUCUUGAAAUAUGAAGUUUGGAAAGAUGCAAAAGUUCAAAAUUAGUUUGCUGUCUUCCUCCCAGCUACAAUUGUGAUGAAAAUAUUUUUCCUUAAUGAAAUCUGUUGUCAAAAAUAUGAGUAGGUUUUGUGUAAUAUGGCGAUUUUUAAAAUAAUAUUUUC